AUGGAACGGUGCCUAAAAUACCCUCCAAGCAAAUUUCUGGCAAAUAUUGGAUUCAUAUUUUGGAGUGCGAUUCUACUUGCACCAUGUGCUGAUGCAACUGCGUCCGGUGUCGAAAACCCCCUUGCUGAAACGCAUGACCACGAGAGGAGCCGUCGUCCAUGGAGCACAAGCGGAAAGUACACUGCACACAAGAACUUUGAGGAGCAUUUUGUAAGUGGGCGACGACUAGCGGGACUAGUUGCUCCAAAGCCGCUGGUACUGCCCUACCACAAUGGACCCAUAUUAUCUCGCAUGAACAACGUUACCAAGCUGUACGUUAUCUAUUAUGGCGCCUUCACCAGGAUCCAACGACUCACUGUGCGGCGCUUCUUCAGGUCGUUGGCGCCACCGCGUCACAGGGCUCGUGCAAGCAUCCCCACUGUGGCCAAAUGGUGGGAAAUUACCAAAGGAUAUCAGGAUGUGUGGGGCGAGUCCGUCGCGCAGCUACUCAUCCCCAGCGGAGAGAUUGAAGACAAAAGCUACUCUCGAGAUGUAGAAGUUAGAGGAUUCUGUCAAGAGGCAUGCGGCCAGCAUGCUUAUCUGUACCCUUCCGGUGCCACAGGCGGCCAGAUGCUGCCAUAUGUGUGGGUUGGGGAUGCGUCAACGCAGUGUCCAGGACUCUGUUGCUGGCCGUUUGCCAAUCUCAACUACACAUUCAUGGAAAACUCCCAAGAUAAACCGCUACUGCCGCCCAGUGGUGAAGUGGGGGUUGACGGGAUGAUAAUCAAUCUUGCCAAACUUAUUGCAGGAGCGGCCACAGAUCCAUACCAAAAUGCAUACUACCAGGGCGACGCCGCGGCUCCAGUGGAAGCAGCUGAGGCAUGCAGUGGCAUCUUUGGAUGUGGUGCUUACGCCGGAUACCCGGGUAGUCUCAUGAAGGACCCCGUCACUGGCUCCAGCUUCAACUCGUUUGGCUCUCGUGGGUAUAAGUUCCUGUUACCAUGGAUGUGGGACCCAAAAACCUUCACAUGUGCCGGCCAAAGUCAUCAGUCUACGAACUCACUGCAAUUCGACUUGAAUCUAGCAUGUUGA